UAUAUCUGACGCCUUCACUGCAACAGCUGCAAAACAACCCUGGUGGAGCUCAAAGUGAGGACACCUCAAGCACCCCAUCUCCACACUUUCAGCUAAACCCUCAAGAGCGAUGUCUUCUGCUGUCCUGAGUGAUGAGCCAGCCUGCAUGGACACUAACAAAGAGCCUUCAUUGCUGAGACGUGGACAUAGCUUCUCCUGUGAGUGUAUUAAUCGAGACCCAGAGAUGCAGGUGGGGUCUGAAUGCAAGACACGAUCAAAUUCCUUACCACGAAAAAAAAAACCUCUGUGCAAUUUCAUCCAUUGCUUCUUGUGUGCUCAGACUGAUGAGGAGACGCCUAGCAUCGUCUGCACAAAUUUUACCCAGUUUCCCGUCCCUGACAGCAGGACCUGUCUGCAUUGUAAGGCUUCUCUAUGUAAGGACCACCUAAGAGACCACACAAAGUUCCUAGAACACAUCUUAUCCAACUCCAGAAGAAGCAGUGUCCACAAGAAGAAGCUAGAAUAUUACUAUGUGGGCGAGGACGCUUAUCUCUGUGUUCUCUGCUUCAACUUUCUCCACAUGGAACAUCAGAUGGAUUCACUAGAGGAGACUUCUAAGAAGAAGAAUGAUCUGAAGAAUUUGUCAUCGUCAUCAAAACCAGAAGCUGAGGAAAAUCGACUGGAGGCCAAUGUUCUUUCAAAAAAGAUCAACAUGGUGUUUGAAGUCCUAAAGACGAAAGUCCUGAAUGUGAUCUCCCGGCAGGCAGUGCAAGCUUCAGCCCCAUGUCUUGAUGAGAUCCAAGAGCUGAAAGCAAAGAAGGAAGAGUCGUCUGGGAAGAUGUCCACCAAGGAGGAUCCAGUCACGGUCCUUGAGGGAUUGAAAUCAGAAGUUGUCCGUGGUGGCAACCACCAAGAGACUAAUGAGGACAACUGUAGAGCUGUUCAUGUUCUGGAUGAAGGUCUGACUGGUGAGAUUCUGCAGACUGGUUUUGCUGACCUGGUCACUAUUGCCUUUAAAGAACUAUACAAGUAUGAGGUGCCUGAGAUCUUACUGGACGAGGACACGGCUGGGAGUAAUGUCCAGCUCCUACCAGAUAUGAAGUCCUUCUAUUGGGAAGAAAUUCACAAGCCAAAGAGCAAGACCCAGCAAAGGUUCAGAGACCAUCAGGUGUUAAGCAGCUGCAGCUUCUCAACCGGAAGACAUUUCUGGUCGGUGGAAACCAGUAAGUGGGGAAACUGGAGGCUUGGAAUGUCCUUUCCCAGUAUUGCCAGGAAAGGCUUCCGCUCCUACAUCGGCUGCAAUAAGAAAUCCUGGGGCUUGUGCAAAUGGAAUAACCAGUACUCGGUCAUGCAUGCCUGCAAGGAGAUAAAGUUACCUGGCCAGAUGACCUGUCACUGCUUCGGGGUGUAUCUGGACUAUGAGGCGGGCCACCUGUCCUUCUAUGAGCUGAGUGACCCCAUCCGCCAUCUCUACACCUUCACCACCACCUUCACUGAGCCUCUUCACGCCAUCUUUAGACUCUGGCUGGAUGCGCAUGGUGGAGCCUGGAUGAUUCUGAACAAGAGAGGCCCUUCUAGAAAACCACCUUGCCAGUAGAUGGCACUACUGCAGAGGCUGGAGAACCCCACCGCCUUUGGAGGGCAGAGAUACUAUAUAUAAAACCAUAUAUAAUACUAAGUAUGUGCUCCAUCCUUCUCACAGCUAAGGGGGUGUUGCAAUGUAUCAGACUAGACAUUCCUCUGAGCUAAACUGGUCAGUAGACUGCAUCUCCCUUCUGUCCUGAUAAUUUGUCACAGUGUGUCAGUGCAGGUACCCCUAACAUGUAUCAGUCCACAGUGCAGGCUGUUUAGCUCACAGAGGGUUGUCUUGACUGGAUACAACUGUAACCCUCAGCUGUGACAAUGUUUCCAUUCAUUGAGAGCAAGCAGAGAUCUUGAAAGUGGUAAGGAAUGGCAAGAAAAGCCUAUUAGAAAGCUGCAGGACUGUUCAUUAUACAGUGAU